GAGGCGCCUGUUGAUGCUUGUUAGUCCUCUCCUCCGCUCUACGCGUUCGAGCGUUUUCCGAAGAUUUAGUUUCGUGGGUUUCUUGUAUCCGCCUGAGAAUCCAUUUUCAAUUCUAUCUUCCUCUGGGUUGUUUUGAUUUAAUUUCUCUCUGUUUCUGUCUCUCUCUGUGCGCCAUGGACUGAGCUGACGAUUUCCUGUUGUGAUGCUUAUAGAAAAUGUUUGAUUGUGGUUACAAGUCACAACUGAUGGGUGGUCAGCGCGAAAAAUUCGUGAGGUUGGAUGACUUGGACUCUAGAUUGUCAUCGCCUUCUGAUAGUGGGAUAAGAAGAUGUGGUUUGAAUAUAGAUGGAUUUAACCGUGCAGUCCAUGGAAAUGAUAAGCCAUCUGGAUCCUUUAAGAGAGGAAUGAGAAAAGGGUCCGAAGGACUUAAAUCAAUUGGUCGAUCACUCAAGUUUGGAGUAUCUCGAGCUGUAUUUCCAGAGGAUCUUAAAGAGUCAAAGAAGAAGAUCUUUGAUCCUCAAGACAAAUUGCUCUUAUUCUUGAAUAAACUUUUUGUCAUAUCAUGUUUUUUAGCAAUAUCGGUGGACCCGCUAUUCUUUUAUGUUCCUGUCAUUAACCAACAGUCGAGCUGUCUUGGCAUUGAUAGGAAGCUGGCAAUUACAGUGACAACAUUGCGAACAGUUAUUGAUGUUUUCUAUCUUAUUCAUAUGGCUCUCCAAUUCCGGACAGCUUAUAUUGCUCCAUCAUCUCGGGUGUUUGGGAGAGGUGAACUUGUGAUUGAUCCUGCACAAAUAGCUAAAAGAUACUUGCGGCGGUAUUUCAUCAUUGAUUUGGUGUCUGUGCUGCCCCUUCCACAGAUUGUGGUCUGGAGAUUUCUUCAGAGGUCCAAAGGUUCAGAUGUAUAUGUGACAAAACAGGCCCUUCUUUUCAUUGUAUUCCUUCAAUAUAUCCCAAGAUUUCUUAGAGCGUUACCAUUGACUUCAGAAUUGAAAAGGACAACAGGCGUAUUUGCAGAAACAGCCUGGGCAGGUGCUGCAUAUUAUUUGCUAUUAUAUAUGCUUGCAAGUCAUAUAGUUGGAGCACUGUGGUACUUAUUAGCUGUGGAACGCAAUGACACAUGUUGGCAGAAGUAUUGUAGUGCCCCUUGCAGGAAAAAUUUCUUAUAUUGCGGUAACCAAGACAUGGAGGGCUAUUCGACUUGGAACCAGACAGGUGUGGAUGCCCUAAUGUCGAGAUGCAAACCUGCUGAUGAUAAUGAUUCGUUUGAUUUUGGAAUCUUUAAACAGGCUUUGUCCUCUGGCAUUGCGGCAUCCAAGAAUUUUGUCGGCAAAUAUUGUUACUGUCUAUGGUGGGGCCUACAAAACUUAAGUACGCUUGGGCAGGGGCUUCAAACAAGCACGUAUCCGGCUGAAGUGAUCUUUUCUAUAGCAUUGGCUGUACUUGGUCUCAUCCUCUUUGCACUUCUUAUUGGCAACAUGCAGACUUAUCUUCAAUCUCUAACCAUAAGGCUUGAGGAAAUGAGGGUGAAAAAGCGUGAUUCGGAGCAAUGGAUGCAUCAUCGUUUGCUGCCACAGGAACUUCGAGAGAGAGUCAGGCGAUAUGAUCAGUACAAGUGGUUGGAGACCCGCGGAGUCGACGAACAGAGUUUGGUUCAAACUCUCCCUAAGGAUCUUAGGAGAGAUAUUAAGCGACAUCUUUGUCUCGCUUUAGUAAGAAGGGUUCCUCUGUUUGAAAGCAUGGAUGAGAGGCUGCUUGAUGCUAUUUGUGAGCGGCUAAAACCGUGUUUGUUUACAGAGUACACUUACAUAGUCCGUGAGGGUGAUCCAGUCGAUGAGAUGCUUUUCAUUAUACGUGGUCGGCUCGAGAGUGUGACUACCGAUGGUGGGCGGAGCGGAUUUUUCAAUCGUACCUUUCUGAAAGAAGGUGAUUUUUGUGGUGAAGAGCUUUUGACUUGGGCUCUUGACCCGAAAUCUGGUUCGAAUCUUCCAUCUUCGACAAGGACGGUAAAGGCUAUUACAGAGGUUGAGGCUUUCGCGCUUGUUGCUGAAGAGUUGAAAUUCGUAGCCAGUCAGUUCAGGCGCCUUCACAGUAGACAGGUGCAACAUACCUUUCGAUUCUACUCGCAGCAAUGGAGGACCUGGGCUGCUUGCUUCAUCCAAGCAGCAUGGCGCCGAUACUCCAAGAGAAAGACUAUGGAACUUCGUCAAAAGGAAGAAGUUGCAGCGGAGGAAUCCAAGACAUCUCAAACGACGACCACAAGCGGAGGAGGCUCUUACAGUAUUCGUGCAACUUUCCUAGCUUCUAAAUUUGCUGCCAAUGCUCUCCGAGGCGUUCAGCGAUAUCGCAACGCAAAGAGCGCUCAGGAGUUGAUAAAAUUGCAGAAGCCUCCCGAGCCCGAUUUUAGCGCAGAUGAUGCCGAUUGAUGUGUUAUGUAUUGUGACAAAAAAAACUGAAUGCAUUACAAUAUGACUCAUGUUUGAUGAGAUGAGCUAAACUAGUGUAAAAAUAGAUGUGUUUGUAGUUUGCAA